ACAAGAGCCGCCUCCGCGCACGGGGGCCCGGCCACUCGGCGCUGCUCUGCCGCGGGGACUGCACCGCCCGCCCUGCCAGACCCGCCCGGAACGGGGCUCGUCGCCGCCAGUAGCCGCAGCACCGCAGCCUCGGGCCUCGCGCCGGCUAUGGCUGUGCCCCGGGGCUGAGCCCUCAGGUUGUGACCGAGAUCCUGACGAGAGAGAUUGAGGGGAAGAGAGGAAGGAGGGGCGGGCUCCUGGCAAGGCAUUUGCUCCUGAGCGGAAUCCUGCAAAGAUGGAGAAGGAGGAGGAGACAACGCGGGAGCUGCUGCUGCCCAACUGGCAGGGUAGCGGCUCCCACGGGCUGACCAUCGCCCAAAGGGAUGACGGCGUCUUUGUGCAGGAGGUGACGCAGAACUCCCCUGCGGCCCGCACUGGGGUGGUCAAGGAGGGGGACCAGAUUGUGGGUGCCACCAUCUACUUUGACAACCUGCAGUCGGACGAGGUGACCCAGCUGCUGAACACCAUGGGGCACCACACGGUGGGCCUGAAGCUGCACCGCAAGGGGGACCGCUCCCCCGAGCCUGGCCAGACCUGGACCCGUGAAGUCUUCAGCUCCCGUAGCUCUGAAGUGGUUCUGAGCGGGGAUGAUGAGGAGUACCAGCGCAUCUACACCACGAAGAUCAAGCCACGGCUGAAGUCGGAAGACGGAGUGGAAGGAGACCUUGGGGAGACCCAGAGCCGCACCAUCACGGUGACCAGAAGGGUCACAGCCUACACUGUGGAUGUGACCGGCCGGGAAGGAGCCAAGGACAUAGACAUCAGUAGCCCUGAAUUCAAGAUCAAGAUUCCAAGACAUGAACGGACUGAAAUCUCCAACGUGGAUGUGGAGACCCAGUCUGGAAAGACUGUGAUCAGACUGCCCUCGGGCUCGGGGGCAGCCUCUCCAACGCCAGGCUCUGCUGUGGAUAUCCGAGCAGGGGCCAUUUCUGCUUCAGGACCAGAGCUCCAAGGUGCUGGCCACUCAAAGCUCCAGGUCACCAUGCCUGGGAUAAAGGUGGGAGGCUCAGGUGUCAAUGUCAGUGCAAAGGGCUUGGACUUGGGUGGCAGAGGAGGGGUCCAAGUUCCAGCAGUGGACAUUUCAUCUUCUUUUGGGGGUGGGGCAGUAGAGGUGCAGGGCCCAUCUCUGGAGAGUGGUGAUCAUGGCAAAAUUAAAAUUCCCACUAUGAAGGUGCCGAAAUUUGGUGUCUUGACAGGGCCUGAGGGCCAGACGCCAGAGGCAGGGCUGAGGGUUUCUGCACCUGAAGUCUCUGUGGGACACAAGGGCGGCAAGCCAGGCUUGACUAUCCAAGCCCCUCAGCUGGAAGUCAGUGUGCCCUCUGCCAAUAUUGAGGGCCUUGAGGGGAAGCUGAAGGGGCCCCAAAUCACUGGGCCAUCACUUGAGGGUGACCUAGGCCUGAAAGGUGCCAAGCCACAGGGGCGCAUUGGGGUCGACGCCUCUGCUCCCCAAAUUGGGGGUAGCAUCACUGGCCCCAGUGUGGAAAUUCAGGCCCCUGACAUUGAUGUUCAGGGGCCUGGGAGCAAACUGAACGUGCCCAAGAUGAAAGUCCCCAAGUUCUCUGUAUCAGGUGCAAAGGGAGAGGAAACUGGGAUUGAUGUGACACUGCCUACAGGUGAAGUGACCGUUCCUGGGGUCUCUGGGGAUGUCAGCCUGCCUGAGAUUGCUACUGGUGGGCUGGAAGGAAAGAUGAAAGGUACUAAAGUCAAGACUCCUGAAAUGAUUAUUCAGAAACCUAAAAUCUCCAUGCAGGAUGUGGAUCUGAGCCUUGGGUCUCCUAAACUGAAAGGAGAUAUUAAGGUUUCUGCUCCUGGGGUGCAAGGUGAUGUUAAAGGCCCUCAAGUGGCAGUUAAAGGCCCCAGAGUGGACAUAGAGACCCCAAACCUAGAGGGAACCUUGACAGGCCCCAGGCUUGGCAGUCCUUCUGGGAAAACCGGAACCUGUAGGAUCUCUAUGGCAGAAGUAGACUUAAAUGUGGCCACACCUAAAGUGAAAGGGGGUGUAGAUGUUACACUCCCCAAAGUAGAAGGGAAAGUCAAAGUCCCUGAAGUUGAUGUCAAAGGCCCCAAAGUGGACAUCAGUGCCCCAGAUGUCGAAGCACAUGGCCCAGAAUGGAACCUGAAAAUGCCCAAGAUGAAAAUGCCCACGUUCAGCACUCCAGGAGCCAAAGGGGAAGGUCCAGAUGUGCAUAUGACUCUACCCAAAGGAGAUGUCAGUAUUUCAGGGCCCAAGGUCAGUGUGGAAGCCCCAGAUGUCAACAUAGAGGGUCUGGGAGGGAAGCUUAAAGGCCGCCCUGAUGUUAAGCUGCCUGAUAUGAGUGUCAAGACACCAAAGAUCUCCAUGCCUGAUGUAGAUUUGCACGUGAAAGGUACAAAGGUGAAGGGAGAGUAUGAUGUAACUGUACCAAAGCUUGAAGGAGAACUCAAAGGCCCGAAAGUGAACAUUGAUGCCCCAGAUGUGGAUGUUCAUGGCCCAGACUGGCACUUGAAGAUGCCCAAGAUGAAAAUACCCAAAUUCAGUGUGCCAGGGUUCAAAGCAGAGGGCCCAGAAGUGGAUGUGAACCUGCCCAAGGCUGAUGUGGACAUUUCCGGGCCCAAGGUAGAUGUUAGUGUUCCUGAUGUGAGCAUUGACGGACCAGAAGGGAAAUUGAAAGGGCCCAAGUUUAAGAUGCCUGAGAUGAACAUCAAAGUCCCCAAGAUCUCCAUGCCUGAUGUGGACUUACAUUUGAAAGGCCCUAACGUAAAGGGAGAAUAUGAUGUCACAAUGCCAAAGGUUGAAAGUGAGAUUAAAGUUCCUGAUGUUGAACUUAAAAGUGCCAAAGUGGACAUCAAUGCCCCAGAUGUGGAGGUUCAAGGUCCAGACUGGCACCUGAAGAUGCCCAAGAUGAAAAUGCCCAAGUUCAGCAUGCCUGGCUUCAAAGCAGAGGGCCCAGAAGUGGAUGUGAACCUGCCCAAGGCUGAAGUUGACAUCUCAGGACCCAAGGUGGAUGUUGAAGUUCCAGAUGUGAAUAUUGAAGGACCUGAAGGAAAGCUGAAGGGCCCCAAGUUCAAGAUGCCAGAGAUGAAUAUCAAGGCCCCCAAGAUCUCCAUGCCUGAUGUGGACUUGCAUAUGAAAGGUCCUAAAGUAAAGGGAGAAUAUGAUGUGACAGUGCCAAAGCUGGAAGGGGACCUGAAAGGCCCAAAAGUAGAUGUCAGUGCCCCAGAUGUUGAAAUGCAGGGUCCUGACUGGAACUUGAAGAUGCCAAAGAUUAAAAUGCCCAAAUUUAGCAUGCCCAGCCUCAAAGGAGAGGGGCCAGAAUUGGAUGUGAACCUGUCCAAAGCGAAUGUGGACAUUUCUGCACCAAAAGUAGAUCUUAGUGCUCCAGAUCUGAGCCUUGAAGGACCUGAAGGGAAGUUGAAAGGCCCCAAGUUUAAGAUGCCUGAGAUGCACUUCAAAGCUCCUAAGAUGUCUCUGCCAGAUGUUGACCUGGAUCUUAAAGGACCCAAAAUGAAAGGAAAUGUAGAUAUUUCUGCACCAAAGAUAGAGGGUGAGAUGCAGGUUCCAGAUGUGGACAUCAGAGGUCCCAAGAUAGACAUUAAAGCACCAGAUGUGGAAGGCCAAGGCCCAGACUGGAGCCUGAAAAUACCCAAGAUGAAAAUGCCCAAGUUCAGCAUGCCCAGUCUCAAAGGUGAGGGCCCAGAAGUGGAUGUGAACUUGCCUAAGGCUGACAUUGCUGUCUCAGGACCCAAGGUAGACAUUGAAGCCCCAGAUGUGAGCCUCGAAGGUCCAGAAGGGAAACUGAAGGGUCCCAAGUUUAAGAUGCCUGAGAUGCACUUCAAGACCCCCAAGAUCUCCAUGCCUGAUGUGGACUUACACUUAAAAGGCCCCAAAGUCAAAGGGGAUGUGGAUUUGUCUGUGCCCAAGGUAGAAGGUGAAAUGAAAGUGCCAGAUGUUGACAUCAAAGGACCCAAAGUGGACAUUGAUGCCCCAGAUGUGGAUGUUCAUGGCCCAGACUGGCACAAGAAGAUGCAGGUGAAAAUGCCCAAGUUCAGCAUGCCUGGCUUCAAAGCAGGGGCCCACAGAGUGGAUGUGAACCUGCCCAAGGCUGAAACAUUGAUAGUCUCAGGACCCAAGGUGGAUGUUGAAGUCCCAGAUGCUGAGCCUUGAGGGCCGGAAGAAGCUGAAGGGCCCCAAGUUUUAAGAUGCCUGAGAUACUUCAAGUCCCCCAAGAUCUCCAUCCCUGAUGUGGACCUGAAUUUAAAGGGGCCAAAACUGAAGGGAGAUGUGGAUGUGUCCUUGCCUGAGGUAGAAGGUGACAUGAAAGUGCUAGAUGUUGAUAUCAAAGGGCCCAAAGUUGACAUUGGUGCUCAGAUGCUUGGAUGUUGCGGCCCAGACUGGCACACAAGGUACCCCAAGGUGAAAAUGCCCAAGUUCAGCAUGCCUGGUAAAGGAGAGGGCCACAAAUUGGAUGUGAAGCUGCCAAGGCUGACACUUGAUGUCUCAGGACCCAAGGUGGAUGUUGAAGUUCCAGAUGUGAAAUCGAAGGUCAGGCAUGAAACUAAAGGUCCUAAAUUCAAGAUGGAGGAAAUGAAUAUAAAGCCUCAGAAGAUAUCCAUACCAGAUGUGGGUUUGCAUUUGAAAGAUCCUAAAAUGAAAGAUUAUGAUGUUACAGUUCCAAAAAGUAGAAGGGAGAGAUAAAAGCUCAGUGUUGACAUCAAAGGCCCAAAAGUUGACAUUAAUGCACCAGAUGUGGACGUUCAUGGCCCAGAGCACCUGAAGAUACCCAAGGUGAAAAUGCCCAAGUUCAGCAUGCCUGGCUUCAAAGGAGAGGGCCCUGAAGUGGAUGUGAACCUGCCCAAGGCUGACAUUGGUGUUUAGCGGGACCCAAAAUUGAACAUUGAUGUUCCAGAUGUGAAUCUUGCCAAGCCCCAGAGGGAAAACUAAAAGGCCUAGUUCAAGAUGCCAAGCAUGAAUAUACAGACACACAAAAUCUCUAUGCCUGAUGUUGGGCUUAAUUUUGAAAGCUCUAAACUGAAAACUGAUGUAGAUGUUUCCCUUCCCAAAGUGGAAGAAAUUUGAAGAAGUCCUGAAAUUGAUGUAAGCCCUAAGGUGGAUGUGAAUGUUGGUGAUAUUGAUAUUGAAGGUCCAGAGAAAUUGAAGGGCCCCAAGUUUAAGAUGCCUGAGAUGCAUUUCAAGACCCCCAAGAUCUCCAUGCCGGAUGUGGACUUACACUUGAAAGGCCCCAAAGUCAAAGGGGAUGUGGAUGUGUCUGUGCCCAAGGUAGAAGGUGAAAUGAAAGUGCCGGAUGUUGACAUCAAAGGACCCAAAGUGGUUAUUGAUGCCCCAGAUGUGGAGGUUCAAGGCCCAGAUUGGCAUCUGAAGAUGCCCAAGAUGAAAAUGCCCAGGUUCAGUAUACCCGGCUUCAAAGCGGGCGAAGUGGAUGUGAAUCUGCCAAAAGGCGCGAUGUCUGGACCCAGUAGCAGACAUUGAUGCUCUGAUUUGGAUAUUGAGGACCAGAAGAAAGUUGAAGGCUCCAAAUUUAAGAUGCCCAAGUUGAAUAUAAAAGCUCCCAAGAUCUCCAUGCCAGAUGUGGACUUGAAUUUGAGAGGACCCAAACUGAAGGGAGAGAUAGAUGCUUCUGUGCCAGAACUGGAAGGUGAUCUCAGAGGCAUAGUUGAUAUCAAAGGUCCUUCUGUGGGAGUGGAGGUGCCUGAUGUUGAUCUGGAGUGUCCUGAUGCAAAGUUGAAGGAGCCCAAGUUUAAGAUGCCAGAGAUGCACUUCCAAGGCCCCAAGAUCUCCAUGCCUGAUGUGGACUUACACUUGAAAGGCCGCAAAGUCAAAGGGGAUGUGGAUGUGUCUGUGCCCAAGGUAGAAGGUGAAAUGAAAGUGCCAGAUGUUGACAUCAAAGGACCCAAAGUGGACAUUGAUGUGCCUGAUGUUGAGCUGGAGUGUCCUGAUGCAAAGUUGAAAGGGCCCAAGUUUAAGAUGCCUGAGAUGCACUUCAAGACCCCCAAGAUCUCCAUGCCGGAUGUGGACUUACACUUGAAAGGCCCUAAAGUCAAAGGGGAUGUGGAUGUGUCUGUACCAAAAAUUGGAGGAGAUGUAGGCCCCAGUGUGGAAGAUGUGGAGGUGCCUGAUGUUGAGCUGGAGUGUCCUGAUGCAAAGUUGAAAGGGCCCAGGUUUAAGAUACCUGAGAUGCACUUCAAGACACCCAGAAUCUCCAUGCCGGAUGUGAACUUAAACUUGAAAGGCCCCAAAGUCAAAGGGGAUGUGGAUGUGUCUGUGCCCAAGGUAGAAGGUGAAAUGAAAGUGCCAGAUGUUGACAUCAAAGGGCCCAAAGUGGACAUUGAUGCCCCAGAUGUGGAUGUUCAUGGCCCAGACUGGCACCUGAAAGAUGCCCAGAUGAAAAUGCCCAAGUUCAGCAUGCCUGGCUUCAAAGCAGAGGGCCCUGAAGUGGAUGUGAACUUACCCAAGGCUGACAUUGAUGUCUCAGGACCCAAGGUGGAUGUUGAAGUCCCAGAUGUGAGCCUUGAAGGUCCAGAAGGGAGGCUGAAGAGCCCCAAGUUUAAGAUGCCUGAGAUGCACUUCAAGUCCUUCAAGAUCUCCAUGCCUGAUGUCGAUUUCAUUAAGGGACCCAAAAUCAAAGGAGAUGUUGGCGACCCCAAAAUGCCUGAGAUGCACUUCAAGUCCCCCAAGAUCUCCAUGCCUGAUGUCGAUUUCAAUUUAAAGGGACCCAAAAUCAAAGGAGAUGUUGACGUUUCUGCCCCAAAGCUGGAAGGAGAGUUAAAAGGUCCAGAAUUGGAUGUCAAAGGUCCCAAAUUAGAUGCUGACAUGCCAGAAGUAGCUGUGGAAGGCCCAAAUGGCAAGUGGAAAACUCCUAAGUUCAAGAUGCCAGAUAUGCACUUUAAAGCUCCCAAAAUCUCUAUGCCAGACCUCGAUCUACACUUGAAGGGCCCCAAGGCAAAAGGAGAGGUGGAUGUAGAUGUUCCCAAAUUGGAAGGGGAACUUAAAGGGCCACAUGUGGAUGUCAGUGGGCCAGACAUUGACAUUGAGGGACCAGAGGGCAAAUUGAAAGGCCCUAAGUUCAAGAUGCCUGAUAUGCAUUUCAAAGCCCCCAGUAUUUCUAUGCCGGAUGUUGACCUAAAUCUCAAAGGACCCCAAAUCAAGGGGGAUGUAGAUGUGUCUGUGCCUGAGGUAGAAGGUAAAAUUGAAGUACCAGAUGUGAACAUCAAGGGCCCCAAAGUUGAUGUAAAUGCCCCCGAUGUCCAAGGUCCAGACUGGCACCUAAAGAUGCCCAAGAUGAAAAUGCCCAAGUUCAGCAUGCCUGGCUUCAAAGCAGAGGGCCCUGAAGUGGGUGUAAACCUGCCCAAGGCCGACAUUGAUGUCUCAGGACCCAAAGUGGACAUUGAAGGCCCUGAUGUUAGCAUUGAAGGAGCCAGGCAAGAGAAAUUUAAAGGGCCUAAGUUCAAGAUGCCAGAGAUGAACAUCAACCCCAAGAUCUCCAUGCCUGACUUUGAUUUGCAUCUGAAAGGUCCCAAGGUGAAGGGCGAUGUGGAUGUUUCUCUGCCCAAAGUGGAAGGUGACCUUAGGAGCCCAGAGAUUGACAUCAAGGGAGCCCAAAGUGGAUGUCGAUGCCCCAGAUGUGUGGGUGUUCAAGGCCCAGACUGGCACCUGAAGAUGCCCAAGGUGAAAAUGCCCAAGUUCAGCAUGCCUGGCUUCAAAGGGAGAGGGCAGAUGUGGAUGUAGAAACUGCCCAAGGCCGACAUUGAUGUCUCAGGACCCAAGUGAGACAUUGAAGGCCCUGAUGUUAUUGAGGCCGGGAAAUUGAAAGGGCCUAAGUUCCAAGAUACACCAGAGAUGAACAUCAAAGCCCCCAAGAUCUCCAUGCCUGACUUUGACUUAAACCUGAAAGGCCCCAAAGUAAAGGGUGAUGUGGAUGUUUCCCUUCCUAAAGUGGAAGGUGACCUCAAGGGCCCAGAAGUUGAUAUCAAGGGCCCAAAAGUGGACGAUGAUGCACCUGAUGUUGAUGUUCAUGGCGGCAGACUAAAGAUGCCCAAGAUAAAAAUGCCCAAGAUCAGCAUGCCUGGCUUCAAAGAGAGGGUCAGAUGUGGAUGUGAACCACCACCCAAGGCUGACCUUGAUGUCUCAGGACCGAAAGUGGAUGUUGAAUGUCCGAAUGUGAAUAUUGAAGGACCUGAAGGAAGUGGAAAAGUCAAAGUUUAAAAGAUGCCUGAGAUGCAUUUUAAGACUCCAAAGAUAUCCUUCCCAGAUAUUGACCUGAAUCUCACAGGUCCAAAAAUAAAAGGAGAUGUGGACGUUCCUAGCCUAAGUAGAGGAGAUCUGAAAGGUCCUGAAGUUGACCUCAAAGGCCCCAAAGUGGACAUUGAUGUCCCAGAUGUUAAUGUUCAGGGUCCAGACUGGCACCUGAAGAUGCCCAAGAUGAAAAUGCCCAGGUUCAGCAUGCCUGUGCUUCAAAGCAGAGGCCCAGAUGUGGAUGUAGACCUACCCCAAGCGGCAUUGAUCUCAGGACCCAAGGAAGUGGACAUUGAAGGCCCUGAUGUUAACAUUGAAGGACCAGAGGGAAAGUUGAAAGGGCCUAAGUUCAAGAUGCCAGAGAUGAACAUCACAGCCCCAAGAUCUCCCAUGACAAGCUUUUGAUUGCAUCUGAAAGGUCCCAAGGUGAAGGGCGAUGUGGAUGUUUCUGCCCAAAGUAGGCGACCUCAAGGAGCCCUGAGAUUUGACAUCAAGGGCCCCAAAGUGGACAUUGAUGUCCCAGAUGUGGAUGUUCAAGGCCCAGACUGGCACCUGAAGAUGCCCAAGGUGAAAAUGCCAAAGUUCAGCAUGCCUGGUUUCAAAGAGAGGAGCCCAGAUGUGGAUGUGAAGCUGCCCAAGGCUGACAUUGAUGUCUCAGGACCCAAAGUGGACAUUGAUGUUCCAGAUGUGAAUAUCGAAGGUCCAGAGGGAAAGUUAAAAGGUCCCAAGUUCAAGAUGCCUGAGAUGAACAUCAAAGCCCCCAAGAUCUCCAUGCCUGACAUUGAUCUUCACCUGAAAGGCCCCAAGGUGAAGGGUGAUGUGGAUGUGUCUCUGCCCAAAGUGGAAGGUGACGUGAAGUUCCUAUGGGAUAUUAAAGGCCCCAAAGUGGACAUUGAUGCCCCAGAUAUGGGCGUUCAAGGAGACUGGCACCUGAAGAUUACUAAGAUAAAAACGAAGAUCAGCAUGCCUGGCUUCAAAGGAGAAGGUCAGAAGUGGAUGUGAACCUGCUGAGCUGACAUGACAUCUCAGGACCCCAAGGUGGACAUUGAUGUUCCAGAUGUGAAUAUUGAAGCAGAUGCAAAACUGAAGGGCCCUAAAUUCAAGACAGAGAUGAACAUCAAAGCUCCUAAAAUAUCAAUGCCUGAUAGACCUCUCAAUCUUAAAAGGCCCCUAAGAUGAAAAGGAGAGGUGGACUCAUUUCACUUCCAAAUCAUAGAAAGGUGAUUUGAAGGACCUGCUCUUGACAUAAAAGCCCAAAAGAUAGAUGUAGAUGCUCCAGAUAUUGACAUUCAUGGCGAUGCUGCCAAAUUAAAAGGUCCAAAACUGAAGUGCCUGUAGCACAUGCAUGUAAACAUGCCUAAGAUCUCCAUGCCAGAAAUUGACUUGGUGAAAGGCUCAAAGCUUAAGAGAUGUGAUGUCUCUGGAGGCCCCAAGUUGGAAGGUGACAUUAAAGCUUCCCGUUUGGAUAUAAAGGGCCCAGAAGUGGGCGUUCUCGGUCUGCUUAAUAUUGAAGGCAAAUCCAAAGAAAUCUCGUUUAAGCUUCCCAAAAUUUAUUUUAAAGGCUCCAAAGGGAUUCAGACACCUGAGGUGGAUAUCAAAGGUAAAGCCUUGAAUAUUGACAUAACAGGUCCAAAAGUUGAUAUUAAUGCUCCUGAUGUCGGUCAAGGAAAAGUGAGAAAGGAUCCAAGUUAGAAAUGCCUUUUCCUGAAUAUUUCAUCUCCCAAAGUUUCUGUGCCUGAUGUGGAGCUAAAUUUGAAAGGUCCUAAAGUCAAAGGAGACUUAGAUGUUGCAGGUCCCAAUUUAGAGGAGUGACCCAGAAAGGCCCCAAAGUGGAUAUUAAGGCACGGAAGUCAAUCUAAAUGCACACCUGAGGUGGAUGUUCAUACAGACUGGAAUCUGAAAAUGCAGAUGAAAAUGCCCAAAUUCGGUGUGCCUGGCUUAAAAGCAGAAGGGCCAGAUGUAGCUUUGGAUCUGCCAAAAGGAGACAUCAACAUAGAGGGCCCAAGUAUGAACAUUGAGGCCCAGAACUCAUGUGGAAGUCAGAGGAGGCUUGAAAGGCCCCAAAUUCAGAUGCCUGACAUGAAUGUCAAAGCUCCAAGAUCUCCAUGCCUGACGUCCAACUUCCAGCAGAAGGGCCCCAAGGUGAAAGGUGAUGUGGAUGUUUCUCUUCCCAAACUUGAAGGGGAUCUGAAGAGCCCAGAGGUUGAUAUCAGGCCUAAAGUGGUUAUCAGUGCCCCAGAUGUGGAUGUUCAUGCGAACUGGCAUCUGAAGAUGCCAAGUGAAAUGCCCAAGUUCAGCAUGCCUGGUUUUCAAGGAGGCCCAGAGUGGAUGUGAACCUGCCCAGAGCUGACAAGCGUCUCAGGACCCAAGGACAUUGAUGUCCCAGAUGUAGAUAUUGAAGGUCGGAUGCAAAGCUGAAAGGGCCCCAAGUUCAAAGAUACAGAGAUGAACAUCAGCCCCCAAGAUCUCAUGCCUGACUUUGACCUGAGCAAAGGGACCGAAAAUGAAGGCGAUGUGGAUGUUCCCUUCUAAAGUGGAAGUGACCUCAAGAGGCAGAAGUUGACAUCCAAGGGCCCCAAAGUGGACAUUGACACUCUGACAUUAACAUUGAAGAGGCCGGAGGGUAAAUUGAAGGGACCCAAAUAGGUACCAGAGAUGCAUCUGAAGUCCCCAAAAUAUCGAUGCCCCAGCAUUGAUUUAAGCCUGAAGGGCCCCAAGGUGAAGGAGCGUGUGGGCGUUUCUCUGCCAAAGUAGGCGACCUUAAGAGGCCCUGAAGUUGACAUCAAAAGGCUAGUGGACAUUAAUGCUCCGGAUGUGGAUAUUCAAGGCCCAGACUGGCACCUGAAGAUGCCCAAGGUAGAAAUGCCCAAGUUCAGCAUGCCUGGCUUCCAAGGAGGCCCCGAAGUGGAUGUAGACCUGCCCAGGCUGACAUUGAUGUCUCAGGCCCCAAAGGUGGACAUUGAUGUUCCAGAUGUGAAUGCUCGAAGAGGCCAGAGGGGAAAGUUGAAGAAGUUCAAGAUGCCUGAAAUGAACACAGCCCCCAAGAUCUCCAUGCCUGACACAUUUGAUCUUCACCUGAAAGGCCCCAAGGUGAAGAGUGGCGUGAAUGUGUCUGCCCAAAGUGGAAGGUGAUGUGAAAAGUUCACAGUCUGGGAUAUUAAAGGCCCCAAAGUGGAUAUUAAUGCCCCAGAUGUGGACGUUCAAGGCCCAGACUGGCACCUGAAGAUGCCUAAGAUAAAAAUGCCGAAGAUCAGCAUGCCUGGCUUCAAGGAGAAAGGUCCAGAAGUGGAUGUGAACCUGCCCAAGGCUGACAUUGAUGUCUCAGGACCCAAGGUGGACAUUGAUGUUCCAGAUGUGAAUAUCGAAGGUCCAGAUACGAAACUGAAGGAGCCCAAUUCCAAGAUGCCAGAGAUGAACAUCAAAGCUCCCAAGAUCUCCAUGCCUGAUUUUGAUUUGCAUCUGAAAGGCCCAAAGGUGAAAGGAGAUAUGGAUGUUUCUCUGCCUAAGAUGGAAGGUGACACAAGGCCCUGAAGUUGACAUCAAGGGACCCCAAAAGUGGAUGAUGCCCCAGAUGUGAAUGUUCAUGGUCCAGACUGGCACCUGAAGAUGCCCAAGAAGGUGAAAAUGCCCAAAUUCAGCAUGCCAGGAUUUAAAGGAGAGGGCCCAGAAGUGGAUGUUAAUUUGCCCAAAGCUGACAUUGAUGUCUCAGGACCCAAAGUGGACAUUGACACUCCUGAUAUUGACAUUCAUGGUCCAGAAGGGAAACUGAAGGGCUGGAAAUUUAAAAUGCCUGACCUGCACCUCAAGGCACAAGGAAUCUCUAUGCCUGAAGUUGACUGAAUCUGAAAGGUCCAAAGAGUGAAGAGGCGAUGUGGAGCGUUUCUCUGCCCAAAGGUGGGCGACCUCAAGGGCCCCGAAGUUGACAUCAAGGAGCCCCAAAGUGGGCGUUGAUGUCCCAGAUGUGAAUGUUCAGGCCCAGACUGGCACCUAAAAAUGCCCAAAGUGAAAAUGCCCAAGUUCAGCAUGCCUGGUUUUUAAGGAGAGGAGCCCAGAGUGGAUGUGAACCUGCCCAAAGGCGGCCUUGACAUCACAAAAGGACCCAAGGUGGACAUUGAUGUUCCAGAUGUGAAUAGCGAAGGUCCAGAUGCGAAACUGAAGGGCCCUAAGUUCAAGAUGCCUGAGAUGAACAUCAAAGCCCCCAGUCUCAUGCCUGACUUUGAUUUGCAUCUGAAAGGCCCCAAAGGUGAAAAGAGCGUGUGGAUGUUUCCCUUCCUAAAAGUGGCGACCUCAAGGAGCCCUGAAGUUGACAUCAAGGGCCCCAAAGUGGACAUCGACGCCCCUGAUGUGGAUGUUCAAGGCCCAGACUGGCACCUGAAGAUGCCCAAGGUGAAAAUACAGUUCAGCAUGCCAGGAUUCAAAGGGGAGGCAGAUGUGGAUGUGAACCACCCCAAGGCUGAUAAUGACAUCUCCCCCAAAGUGGACAUUGAUGCCCCUGAUGUCAGUAUUGAAGGUCAGAUGCAAAAACUGAAGGGCCCAAAGUUCAAGAUGCCAGAGAUGAACAUCAAAGGAAGGCUCUCCAUGCCUGACCUUGACUUUAACUUGAAGGAGCCCCCAAAGUGAAGGGUGAUGUGGGUGUCUCUCUGCCCAAAGGUGGAAGGUGAUCUCAAGGGCCCUGAAAUUGAUAAAGGCCCCAGUUUGGACAUGGACACCCCUGAUGUCAAUAUUGAAGGUCGGAAGGAAAAUUUGAAGGGCCCAAAUUUAAAGAUGCCUGAGAUGAACAUCAGCCCCAAGAUCUCCAUGCCUGACUUUGACUUGCAUCUGAAAGGUCAAAAGCAAGGGCGAUGUGGAUGUGUGUCACUACCUAAGCUGGAAGGUGAUCUGAAAGGGGCCAGAGGUGAGCAGAGGUCCUGAAGAAACUCAAAGGUCCCAGAGUUUAAGAUGCCUGAUGUUCAUUUCAACCCACAAAUCUCCAUGAGUGACAUUGAUUUGAAUUUGAAAGGACCUAAGAUAAAAAGAGAUAUGGACAUUUCCGUUCUAAACUGGAAGGGAGAUCUGAAAGGUCCCCAAGUGGAUGUCAAAGGCCCUAAAGUGGACAUUGACACUCCUGAUAUUGACAUUCAUGGUCAGAAGAGAAACUGAAGGGCUGAAAUUUAAAUACCUGACCUGCACCUCAAGGCCGAGGUCUCUAUGCCUGAAGUUGACCUGAAUCUGAAGGUCCAAAGGUGAAAGGGCGAUGUGGACAUUUCUCUGCCCAAAGUGGGCGACCUCAAGGGCGAGGUUGACAUCAAGGGCCCCAAAGUGGACGUUGAUGUCCCAGAUGUGGAUGUUCAAGGCCCAGACUGGCACCUAAAAUACCCAAAGUAGAAAAUGCCGAGAAGUUCAUGCCUGGCUUCAAAAGGAGAGAACUUGAGAGUGGAUGUGAACCUGCCCAAGGCUGACAGCGUCUAGGGACCCAAAGUGGACAUUGAUGUUCCAGAUGUGAGUCUCGAAGGUCAGAUGUGAAACUAAAGGGCCCCCAAGUUCAAGAUGCCUGAGAUGAACAUCAAAGCCCCAAGACUCUCCAUGCCUGACUUUGACUUAAACCUGAAAGGCCCAAUGAAGGGCGAUGUGGAUGUUUCCACUUCUAAAGUAGGCGACCUCAAGAGCCCAGAAGUUGACAUCAAGGGCCCAAAAGUGGACAUCAAUGCCCCUGAUAUUGAUGUGCAAGGCCCAGAUUGGCACCUGAAGAUGCCCAAGGUGAAAAUGCCCAAAUUCAGCAUGCCCGGCUUCAAAGGAGAAGGCCCAGAUGUGGAUGGCAGAACCUGCCCAAGGCCGAGCAUCGAUGUCUCGGGACCCAAGGUGGACAUUGAUGUUCCAGAUGUGAAUAUCGAAGGUCCAGAUGCAAAACUGAAGGGCCCCAAGUUCAAGAUGCCAGAGAUGAACAUCAAAGCUCCCAAGAUCGCCAUACCUGAUGUUGACCUAGAUUUGAAAGGACCCAAAGUAAAAGGAGAGUAUGAUGUGUCCGUCCCUAAGGUUGAAGGGACUUUGAAAGGCCCAGAAGUAGACCUUAAAGGUCCAAACAUGGAUUUCGAAGGCCCCAAUGCCAAACUCAGUGGCCCAUCUUUGAAGAUGCCAUCACUGGAGAUAUCUGCUCCUAAAGUAACUGCUCCUGAUGUUGAUUUGCAUCUCAAGGCACCAAAAAUUGGAUUUUCAGGUCCGAAGUUAGAAGGUGGUGAAGUGGACCUCAAGGGACCCAAAGUUGAAGCUCCAAGCUUAGAUGUACACAUGGACAGCCCAGAUAUUAACAUUGAAGGGCCAGAUGUUAAAAUCCCCAAAUUUAAGAAACCCAAGUUUGGAUUUGGGGCAAAAAGUCCCAAAGCUGACAUCAAGUCACCUUCACUAGAUGUCACUGUUCCUGAGGCAGAGCUGAACCUUGAGACUCCUGAAAUUAGUGUUGGUGGAAAGGGGAAGAAAAGUAAGUUUAAAAUGCCUAAAAUUCAUAUGAGUGGUCCUAAAAUUAAGGCCAAAAAACAGGGAUUUGACCUGAGUGUUCCUGGGGCUGAAAUUGAUGCCAGUCUCAAGGCUCCCGAUGUAGAUGUCAACAUCGCAGGGCCGGAUGCCUCACUCAAAGUCGAUGUGAAAUCGCCGAAAACCAAGAAAACGAUGUUUGGAAAAAUGUACUUCCCAGAUGUAGAGUUUGACAUUAAAUCACCUAAAUUUAAAGCUGAGGCUCCUCUCCCUAGCCCCAAAUUGGAGGGUGAACUCCAGGCACCUGAUCUGGAACUUUCUUCACCAGGAAUUCACGUCGAAGGUCCUGACAUCAAGGCGAAGGCUCCCAAGGUCAAGAUGCCAGGUGUGGACAUCUCAGUGCCAAAAAUAGAGGGUGACCUGAAAGGCCUCAAAGUGCAGGCAAACUUGGAUGCACCUGACGUCAACAUCGAAGGCCCAGAUGCUAAAGUCAAAACACCUUCCUUCGGCGUUUCUGCCCCUCAAGUCUCCAUCCCUGAUGUGAAUGUGAACUUGAAAGGACCAAAGAUAAAGGGUGAUGUCCCCAGCAUGGGACUGGAAGGACCAGAUGUAGAUCUGCAAGGUCCAGAAGCAAAAAUUAAGUUCCCCAAGUUUUCCAUGCCCAAGAUCGGCAUCCCUGGUGUGAAAAUGGAGGGUGGGGGAGCCGACGUCCAUGCUCAGCUACCCUCUCUUGAAGGAGACUUGAGAGGACCAGAUGUUAAGCUCGAAGGGCCCAGUGUUUCUCUAAAGGGGCCGGGAGUAGACUUGCCUUCAGUGAACCUCUCUAUGCCAAAAGUCUCUGGGCCUGACCUUGAUCUGAACUUGAAAGGACCAAGUUUGAAGGGAGACCUGGAUGCAUCUGUUUCCAGCAUGAAGGUGCAUGCUCCAGGGCUCGACCUCAGCGGGGUCGGUGGCAAAGUGCAGGUGGGAGGAGACGGUGUGAAAGUGCCAGGGAUCGAUGCCACAACAAAGCUUAACGUUGGGGCACCAGAUGUGACACUGAGGGGACCAAGUCUGCAGGGAGACCUGGCUGUCUCUGGUGACAUCAAAUGCCCUAAAGUAUCCGUAGGAGCUCCUGAUCUAAGCUUGGAGGCAUCCGAAGGCAGCAUUAAACUUCCCAAAAUGAAGCUGCCCCAAUUUGGCAUCUCUGCUCCAGGGUCUGACUUGCACGUUAAUGCCAAGGGGCCACAGGUUUCUGGAGAACUGAAGGGGCCAGGUGUGGAUGUGAACUUGAAAGGGCCUCAGAUUUCAGCACCGAAUGUGGACUUUAACUUGGAAGGACCAAAAGUGAAAGGGAGCCUUGGGGCCACUGGCGAGAUCAAAGGCCCCACUGUUGGAGGAGGUGUUCCAGGCAUCAGUGUUCAAGGCCUAGAAGGAAACCUCCAGAUGCCUGGAAUUAAGUCCUCUGGAUGUGACGUGAACCUGCCAGGUGUGAAUGUGAAACUCCCAGCUGGGCAGAUUUCUGGUCCUGAAAUCAAAGGUGGUCUGAAAGGUUCAGAAGUAGGUUUCCACGGGCCUGCUCCCGAUAUCAGUGUGAAGGGGCCUUCCUUUAAUAUGGCAUCUCCUGAGUCAGAUUUUGCCAUCAACUUGAAGGGCCCAAAAAUCAAAGGAGGGGUGGAUGUUUCAGGGGGUGUCAGUGCCCCAGACAUCAGCCUCGGUGAAGGGCAUGUGAGUGUUAAAGGUUCUGGGGGUGAGUGGAAGGGACCCCAGGUCUCCUCUGCUCUCAACUUGGACACUUCUAAGUUUGCUGGGGGCCUUCAUUUCUCAGGACCAAAGGUGGAAGGAGGUGUGAAAGGAGGUCACAUUGGACUCCAGGCUCCUGGGCUGAGUAUGUCUGGGCCUCAAGGUCACUUGGAAAGUGGAUCUGGUAAAGUAACAUUCCCUAAAAUGAAGAUCCCCAAAUUUACCUUCUCUGGCCGUGAGCUGGUUGGCAGAGAAGUGGGAGUGGAUGUUCACUUCCCUAAAGCAGAGGCCAGUGUCCAAGCUGGUGCUGGAGACGGCGAGUGGGAAGAGUCUGAAGUCAAACUGAAAAAGUCCAAAAUCAAAAUGCCCAAGUUUAAUUUUUCCAAACCUAAAGGGAAAGGUGGUGUCACCGGCUCACCAGAAGCAUCCAUUUCUGGGUCCAAAGGUGACCUGAAAAGUUCAAAGGCCAGCCUGGGCUCUUUGGAAGGAGAGGCAGAGGCCGAAGCCUCUUCACCAAAAGGCAAAUUCUCCUUAUUUAAAAGUAAGAAGCCACGGCACCGCUCAAAUUCAUUCAGUGAUGAAAGAGAGUUCUCUGGACCUUCCACCCCGACGGGGACUCUGGAGUUUGAAGGUGGGGAGGUGUCGCUGGAAGGCGGGAAAGUUAAAGGGAAACACGGGAAGCUGAAAUUCGGUACCUUUGGUGGAUUGGGGUCAAAGAGCAAAGGUCAUUAUGAGGUGACUGGGAGUGAUGAUGAGACAGGCAAGUUACAGGGGAGUGGGGUGUCCCUGGCCUCUAAGAAGUCCCGACUGUCUUCCUCUUCUAGCAAUGACAGUGGGAAUAAGGUUGGCAUCCAGCUUCCUGAGGUGGAGCUGUCAGUUUCCACAAAGAAAGAGUAGCAGGCCUUUGUAUGUGUGUACAUAUAUAUAUAUAUAACAAAACAUCAGCCUUGGGUGUGUGCCUACAUAAACUCCAAAGGGAAACACACCGACCGCCUCAGCAAUCAUGCAAAGAUCUUGCCUGGCCCGGUGGCAAGCGCUGAAAAACCGACCGCCUGUAGGCUCCUGGAACUAUACACAUAGGUAAAGAGUUCCAAGUUCGUCCAGCCCAUGUGCAAAGUCAACAGUAUUUGCCUUAAGAUUUCAUAUAUAUAUAUAUUUUUUGCAUUGACUGCUGAGAGCUCCUGUUUACUACGCAAGCUUUUGUGUUUAUUAUCCUCAUUUUUACUGAACGUUGUUAGUUUUGGGGUAAUGGAAACCCACUUUUUCAUUGUAAUGACUCUGGGGGCUUUUGUUAGUAAGGGUGGGUGGGGUGAUGGGUUGCAGACGGAGAUCAGGUCUUCCUCUUUUCUGAGACUGGAUCUGUUUAAACAGCAAACACCCACAGAUGGCCCAGAGGUGGCGGCAGUCAGAGUGUGUGGGUGUUUUUAGGGUUCUUUAGCGUUGCAUUCUUUCACCCAGGGGUGGUGGUCCCAGCCAGUUUGGUGCUGACGGUGAGAGGAAAUUAGAACCUGUUUGCAAAUUGUCCAACCCACCCCCUCAACAUGAGGGGCUUCCAUUUUCUGUGUUUUGUAAGGGAAAUGUUUCCUUCAGGCCGCCAUGUUCCUGAUAUUAGUUCUGAUUUCUUUUUAACAAACGUUAUCAUGAUUAAGAAAAUUUCCAGCACUUUAAUGGCCAAUUAACUGAGAAUGUAAGAAAAUUGAUGCUGUACAAGGCAAAUAAAACUGUUUAUUAACCUUGA